UGUCCUGUAUUUUGUGAAAAAAGUAUUGCAAAUUGUUACCAGAUUUUAAACACAGCCAUUAAAAAAUAAAUUCAUAAAAAUAAUAUUUAAUAACACAUAUAAAUAUUAAAUAAAAGUUUAAAAUUCGAAAGUGUUUGUGUGGUAAUUUGUUGAAUUUGUUAAUGUUGUGUUAUAUUUGUAUGCAAAUUGUUACCUAUGGAGAAAUCGAAUAUAAAUCCUUUAACAUCUCCUUCUUCUGCAAAUGCUUCAGACAAUGAGGUGGAUACAGCGGCAAAUGUUGAAGCAAUUACAACCGAAAAUGCAGCAGAUUCCCGGUAUUUUCCUCAAGGAGGUGAUGAGUCACAAAAUAAUCAUAAGCCUCCAAAAAUAUCCUUUAGCGAAAAUUCGAGUUCAUUAAUACGAUGCAUGCCAAACGAAAGAGCAACAUUUUUUGUCAAAAUCGAUACAGAAGAAAAUGAUGCUGACAUUUUACCCCUAGAAUUUGAAUGGAGUCGCGGUGAAAAUCCCAUUUAUAAUUCAGAUCGUUUUCGCAUAACCAAGACCAGUAAUGCAGUUCAAUUGGCAGUUGAGCAUGUACAACGUGAAGAUGCUGGUCAUUAUACGCUUUUUGCUAGAACAAAAGGCAACGAUGUCAUACGAAAGGAUGUACAGCUUAUAGUUGAGGAUAGAUCAACGGGCGAUGAUCCACCAAUAUUUUUAAGACGAUUAGUGGACUUGCAAGUAAGAGUUGGAGCAAGCUCCAGACUAAUAACCGAAAUAAGCAGUUCCACAGAUGUCAAGAUUACCUGGUUUCGAAACGAUCGACGAGUAUGUGAAAACGAUCGUAUUAGAGAGGUUCAUGAGGGAAAUUUCUAUUAUCUUGAAAUUUAUCCAGUAAAUUUGGAAGAUGGCGGUCAAUGGAUGGUUAUGGCGGAAAACUUGAGUGGCCGUAAUUCGUGUAUUUCACAUUUAAGCGUUAUCGUUCCAAAGGCCUACAAAGCUCCGGAGUUUAUAGAAGAAUUGAGAGCGAUUUUGACCCAACAGGGCACAGUAUCGUUGGAAUGUAAGGUAGUAGGUGUUCCCACACCUCAACUGCGUUGGUUUAAGGAUUCCAAAGAGAUUAAGGCCGGUGAUGUGUUUGCCCUAACGGCCAACGCAGAUGAUCCCACUUCAUUGGGCACAUACACAUGUGAAGCGGUCAACUGUGUGGGUAAAUCAUAUUCAAGCUCCAAAUUGCAUGUUGUUGGUCGUGGCAGUAGAGAGGGAUCAUUAAAACCCGCCGACAGCGUGACUAACACGGCUCCCCCACCGAUAUUUACAAACGAACUAAAAAAUGCGAAUGUUCGCAUUGGUGAUACAAUUAUUCUCGGAUGCCAAGUGGCUGUACCGCCCUGGCCCCAAAGUGUUGUGUGGUAUAAUAAAAAUGGACGUGUUGAUGCUGGUGAUAGAUACAAAUAUGUUGAAGAUGGUUUGGGUGUAUAUAUGAUUGAAGUUAAGCCCUCGGAGGCUUGUGAUGAGGGUGAAUGGAAGUGCGUUGUUACAAAUGAGGAGAGUUGUGUUGGUAUUUCAUCUUGUGUAGUCAAUAUGGAAAUUCCCAAAAAUUAUCGCAAACCUCGUUUUAUGGAAACUCUUAGAGCUGUUUUAACUGAAGAAGGUUUAGUAUCGUUUGAAUGUAAAGUUGUGGGUUUUCCUACACCUCAGUUGAAAUGGUUUAAAGAUGGACAAGAACUGAAACCAGGAGAUGUAUAUCAAUUGACUGGCACGAAUUCGUUGGGCACAUAUUGUUGUAUUGCCAAAAAUUGUAUGGGUGAAACGAGUAGCAUUGCCGUGUUGACCGUAGAAGAUAUACAGAAUCAAUUAAAUGACGAAGAACGGCUUACAUUCGCCGCUACAACGUCGCAGCCACCUAAGUUUUUGAUGGGUCUAAAAUCACAAGAAACUAAAAUCAACGAACCGUACCAAUUUACAGUUAAGGUUGAGGCUACUCCGGAUCCCUUAUUGUCAUGGUUCCGAGACGAGUUACCGAUAGAGACUAAUGAUCGCUACAAUCAUUAUCGCGGUGAAGAAGAUAAUUGGCAUUUGGACAUAAGAUCCAUGGAGUUUAUAGAUCAGGCCGAAUGGAAGUGUGUAGCUGUAAAUGAUUUUGGUACUACUGUUACAUCUUGCUUCUUAAAAUUGCAAAUUCCUAGACAUUAUAAGAAACCACGCUUCCUCGAGUGUUUAAGAGCCGUACUCACCGAAGAGGGAGCAGUUAAUUUGGAGUGCAAGGUGAUUGGCGUUCCUCAACCCGUGCUGAAAUGGUACAAAGAUGGUGUCGAAUUGAAGCCGGGUGAUAUUCAUAAAAUAAUAUCCGGACAGGAUGGAACUUGCUGUUUGGGCACAUACACCUGUGAGGCCCGAAAUUGCAUGGGAGUUGUAGCUAGCUCAGCAGCUUUACUUGGAUUUGAAGAUGACUAUUCGAAACAAGAAACUCAACAACAAAAUGAACUGCAACGUAACUUUUCUCUAUCCACAAUACAGGAGGAGCACACCUCUCAGUUGUAUGAAACGCCACAGGGAGAUAUUACCAUUACUGACAAAGGAGAUGUGUCGUUUUCAUUUGAUGGCAAAGAAGUCUCGGUAUCAUUGUAUGAAACUCCUGAUCUAACGGAAGAAGAAGCAUUGAAAAUUGUUGAAAUGUAUGCUGAUCAAAUUUCAGAACACGUUACCGAACACAAUAUAGUCGAAUUGCCUCCUCUGCGUUUUGUCAAAGAAACCUCACAGUCUGGUAAAUUACUCAUGGAAGCAGUGGUUAUAGACAUUUCACCGGAAUAUUUCUCCCACGAAGAAGAUUUACGUACUGAAGCAGGCAUGGAUGAUAUCUCUAUAAAUGAAAUAACUAUACAUGGUUCAUCCGUAAGAGAUGAAGAGGAGUUUGAUAAACAAACUCAAGAUUUUGCCAGAACAUCAUUUGAGAAAAUGGAGGAAGAAUUAUCUAUGACAGCUCCCAUAAGAAAACGCAAAAAAUCCAAACCUACAGAAACCGACGAAUUCUUUAGUUUUUCUAAAGCUUCCGAUGGCAGUGUGGAUGAAAACACUUCUGAAUUACAAACAUUUGCCAGCGCUCAAAUGUCGAAAAUAGAUUCAUUGGAAAAUCAAUCAUUGAGUGAAUCGAUACAAGCUCCCGUCCGCAAAAAGGGCAAGAAACAAACAGAUAGCGAAUCUUCAAAAACCAGCGAAAACGAGGCUAAGCUUCAGGAUAUUUCUGGAGCAGUGGGUGAUGGCUUAAAGGUUGCUUUCGACAAACCUCUGAAGGUUGUAACCAACGAAGCCGAUAUAGACAUAAAUUUAAAAUCAUUGCUACCCCUUGCAAAACUUUUGAAUGUUUUAGACGGUCAUUUAAAUGCCGUCGAAUCCGAAGUCAUCAACCAGUCUGUUAUGCUAAUGACUCCAGCAUCUGCUGACCAAAGUAUAGCUAUCAUAAAGAAUAUCAUUGAUCCUAUUAAUCAAAUUCAAAGCAAGCUAAAAGUGUACUCGGGUGAAACGCCUCUGGAUGCCUUAUUUGAGACCAUGAACGACGAUAUACGUAGCCUUCAUGUAGCAUUACAAGUUAUUGAAAAAUGUGUGGAAAUUGAUGAAACCGGCACAACAUUGAUUCAAAGAACGAGUGUUUGCAUUAUAGACAGCAUAGCUGAUCAUUUGAUAAAAGCCCUGGAAGAAGUUAAAACGGUUUCAAAAUUAUUCGAAAACGAAAGCCUAAAGUCAAAUUUACAACUGACAGUUGAUGAUAUUAAACAGGGUCUAGAAAUUACCAAAGGCACUAUCAAGUCCCAGGCUUUAUUGCAGGAGGCCCAAGAAAUUGAAGCCACAAAGCAUUUUACCGAAACAGUGGCCAAAUUACAAGAUAUUCCCGAGCCCUUGCCUUUCUCGAAAAUAGCAGAUGCCAAUUUGCCAAAAUUCUCAGAGUCGGUAACAACCAUCUGUGAGCCGGUCCUAAGAAUUCAGGCGGCCUUAGAAAAGGUCGAGAAUGAAUUAACACUUGAGGAAACUGAUGAAGAUAUUUAUAAAAAGGUACAUGAAAAAAUAAUGGUCAACUUAGUGGAACCUAUUCACGCUCUACAAUCUGUAGUUUCUCAAAUCGAAAGUAAAGUCAGUUCGCUGACAGGCACCGAUAGUAUAGAACAAAAAGUAAAUAUGGCAAUCUUAGAUAUUGUGUCACCACCGCUAUUUGAAUUGAACAAAGGUUUAGAAAUUAUUCAACAGCAACCUUCGCAUGAUAUUGAGGCGGGAAGACUUACGGUUGGCACAGUUGAAUCAAUGGUACCACCAUUGCAGGAAAUUCAGAAUGGUUUGGCUCAAUUAAGUCAAGAUAUAUUAACUGGUCAAAUAACAGAUGAUCAAAUUAUGGAUACAGAUGACUUAAAGAAACUACUGCAGUCCUUGGCACAAGCUGUCUUACAUCUGGAAUCGAACAUAGAUCAUAUAACUACUCGUUUACCUGAGAAUGUGUCCAUGAGUUUAUCAAAACUUAAGGAAGAAAUGUCGUCCCUGAUCAGUCAAGUCAUCGACAAAGAUAUCGACAAAUAUCACUUAACAGUAUUAGAGAAUAUUAAGAAACCAAUAGAUGAACUUAAUUACUGUAUACGACAAAUCGAGCAAAAAUCAAUUUCCGGUUCUUUAACUGACUUGGUUGAUCCAUUGCAUAGUUUAAGUGACAAAGUUAAGAUGAGUCAGGAUGUACUCCAACUAUCGACAACGAAACAAAACUCAGAUAUUGCUGAAACAUUGGACAAAAUGCGAACUCUUAUCAAGCAUAUAGAAAUUGAUAUCGAAGAGAAUGAAUUUAAGAAUAUACAAAAGGAAAUAGCACUGGAUGAGGAGCAGGCCUUAAAGGACAAUAAUCUAUUUCUAUCUAUGCGAAAAGAAAUGGAAAUGAAAAUUGAAUUUGAAGAAAGCCUUAAAGAGAUCGAAAAGUUGUCUGACAACAUCAAGUAUUUGCAAAAUAUUCAAUUCAUAGACAGCGAACUAAAGGGCCAGUUCACUGAAUUAGCUAAGCCAUUCGAUAAAGUUAUCGAUAUUCUAAAAAAUAAAGAAACUCUAGAAACUGAUGAAACAUCUUUGCAGUAUUCUCUAAACGUUCUAAGAAAUACUGCCAAAACCACGGAAAGCUUAAACAACUCAUUGGAAAAGUUAAAAGUUAUCAAGAGUAAAAAUGAAUUUUCGAAAAUCUUUUACUCCGAUUGUCGCAAUGAUUUAGAGGAGUUGAAAACUGCAAUAGAUCAAAUUGAAGAUUAUCAAGCAACUACAACACCAAUGGUCAAUUCAUUCAACAAAAUUUUGGUUGUAUUAGAAAAUAUAUUACCGAAACUUGUUAUUGAAACAGCUGUAGAAGAUAUGUCCACCUUAGAAGAGGUAUCAGCCUUAAAAUCUGCUGCCGAAUCUUUGCCUCUCGAUAGUGAUAGGACUUCGGUACAAAAAGAAGACGGAGAAGUUGCCAUUUCUGGGCCUUUGAAAUCAUUUGAAGAGAAAAGGGUUCAAGUUGAUGAAUUAUUGGGAGAGUUGAAAAAUAGCAUUGCCUCUGUAUUGGUUCACUGUAAUGACUACGACAUGGGAUCGCUGAGAAUCGAGGCAGCUGAACAGAUGAAAGUUACUGUUAUUAAAAUGAAGGACUUCAAGCAAUGUUUAGAGCAAACCAUACAACCUCAUGUACUGGAUGUAGUUCAUACUUCUUCCGAAUGUACAGAUCCACGUACAAUGGCUGAGGCUGUAUGCAGUUUAGAAAAUUGUGCUUUGCAGAUACAAGAGUACAUAGACAACUUUGAUGUAAAAGACUUGAGCGGCGAUGAAAUUUCCGAGCUAAAAACAAUGGCUCAGCCUUUGAAGGAAUUAGUUGAGGGUGUAAAAGUAUUCUAUACUCAGGAAUUGGAACAGGUAGAAACAAUGAACACAUUAUCGCCAGUUAGUAUGUCGUCUGCAAAAGUAUUGGAAAGUUUAAGGCCGCACGUUUUGGCAGUGCAUGAACAUCAAGCACUGGAUACUUUGGAAUCGUUGGCCGAUACGCAAACAUUUUCUCAUCUUAAAGAAUUUAUUCAGCCUUUAAGAGAAUUGGAAAAUUUGGCCAUUUGUACGGAGGAAAAUAUGUUACUAUCACAAAUGUCGAACCUAACCGAUCAAACUAGCAUAGAUGUAUUAAAAACAUGGGCAAAACCAUUACUAAGUCUUAGAGAAGCCAUUGUAAAUGUGAAACAAGAUCAAGCAUACAGCACUUUAGAAGAGUGUCCCGAAUUCAAGGCCGUUAAAGAAAAAUCUGACAUUCUUUUUAAUUUAUUAAAGUACUGUGAGAAUUUCGAUACUCAAAUAUUUGAAAAUAUUGAAGAUCUAUCAUCCCUAAAUAUUUCGAAUAUACAGUCAUAUGCCGAGUCACGGUCGGUAUCGGCAGUCGAUCACAUUGAAACUGCAAAGACUCAUGUGGAAGAAGUAAAAACAUUUGGUUUAAAGGAUUGUGUAGCGGGAGGCAUAAAACAAAUAGAAGAAUGUUUGCAUACCACCAAAAAUAUACAAGAUAUCGAGGUAACUAGUUUAGAAGACAUUAUGCAGGAACUGAAACACGAUUUACAAGAUAUGGAAAGUAAUCUGUUGAAAACUGGCGAAAAAACCGAGGAUUUAAUUGAAAAAGAAACCAAAGUAGCUAAAACAAUGUUUAAGCUGAAAGAAUGUUUGGUUCACACCUAUGAAUCCACAGAUUUGGAAACUGGUCUCGAAGAUAUAGAAAAAACAUUUGAAGACUUACUUCAAGCCAUGCCUUCAUUGGAACUUCAACUGGCUUCAGAAAUGAAAGAGAAAAUAGUUUUAGGAUUUUCAGAGUUCAUAGUGACCUGCAUACAAACAAAUACUCUACAAAACGGUGAUACCCUAAUACAACCGUUUAGAAACCUAAUGGAAACUGUUGAUAUUAUAAGUAGAUUAAAUAAGGUCGAUGUGGAAACAUCAUCCAGUGUGAUGAUCCAAUUACAAACCCAACUUAUGACUGCAUUUAGAGCGCUAAACGAUGUAAGCGAAAAAACCGAUAACGAAAUACUGCCUACUCUUUUGAAAACCCAAAAUACAUUGGUGUCCAUUUACGAUUUCAUUGAAAACAAUGAGGGUAAUUUAAGAAUUAUCGAAUUGUUGCAAGAAAUUGAUUAUCUUACUCCCGAGUUAAGGGAAAUUAAAGAAAUUCUGUCCUUAAAUGAAAAACGGGCAAGUGAAGAACAAAUGCAAGUUCUAUUAGAGAAUGUCAGUUCUGCCCAACUAUUCCUAACAGAAAUACACGACGGAUUAAUUCAAAAUAAUUCUUUAGUACACAUUUUUAUGCAAGAAAAUAAGGAUACCGUCGAAAGAUUGAAAAAUAUUCUGAUUGUUGUAGAAAGCAAACUUCAAUCGAAAACAGACUACGGUGUAGAACAAGAAGAAGAAACUAUUGGCAUACUGUCAGAUCUAUUAAAUAUUCUCAAAGCGAAUAUGGAAAAAGUAAAAAGUAAAACUACUCAGUCUGCUUCAGAAAUAGAUGUUAAAGAUGUUCUACAGGCAGAACAAGCUGAUGACAAAAAUAUUGAGAAUGAAACCAAACCAAUGCAACAGACAAUUAUUGAAGCUACUCGACUUGAAGGCGAGUCUGUACAAGAAAAGGAUAUUGAAACACUCGUUAAAGCAGAAGUGUCUGAUGUAAAAGUCGGAAAAGAUGAAGAAACUAAAUUGGAUAUGCGAGAUAGAAAAGAUGAAGAUAAAGAUGACGUUGCGCUUCCAAUGCAAAUCGGAGAAUCUGCACAAGCUGAAUCCAAAUCAGAAAAACAAUUAACUCCAUUCAUGAAGAAUGUAUUACAGCUUAUAAACAAUACUUAUCAAUACAUUGAAACCAUAUCAACAGAAAAUGCUAAACAAAGUACCUCUCAAUUUGCCACGUCAGUGUUAGGUAACUUGAAAGAAUUACAGUCAGCUAUUGAAGGCGAUAGUCCUAGUGAUAUUGAAGAUCGUUUAUUCUUGCCUCUAUUUAAAACCAAACAACUUAUAAAUAAUGCUGCGCGCACUGAAUUCACUGACGAAGUUACACAUAAUAUCUUACAAAAUCUUAACCAUGUUAUUUCGAACAUAAUUAAUAAUAAUGAUAAAUUACGCAAAUCUGUUCUUUUCGACAUUGUGGAAGCAAUUAAGCCUAAUGUUUCACAAAUUGUAGAAUACACUGAUGGCGAAUCUAAAAAACCCAAAAUCCUGCAAAAAUUAUCUCAUAGUCUUAAUCAAAUCAUCUCGGAAAUAAAUAAUAUUUAUCAACACAAUCAAGGAAACAUGGAUUCAUCAUCAGCUUCUUUCUUAUCUUUACAAAAUGCUUUAUGUCAACUGAAGGAAGUGACGGAUGAAAUUAGUACAAUGAAACCAAAUGUUUUGAAUGCCACAAAACUAAAUCAAUUAGUCGAUAAACUUAAUAGGGUUAAACUAAAUGAUGCACUGGAAAUAUUACUUGAAUUGGAAAUUAUGGAUGAAAUGUUUGAUCAACUUUUGGAAGCAAUUAAAUUCGAUUCGAUGUUGCAAGACAAAUCAAUGGAGGAAAUAGUUGCAAAUGCUUUAGAAAAGAUUGGUGAUAACAAUGAUUUACAAGAUAUUAAACAGGAUUUGAAAGAGGCAUUAGAGUCUCCAAAUAACGAACAAAAACGAAAAUGCAUAUUCAAGCUCAGGGAACACAUUGUACAUACAUACGAUGGUAGUUUAACCGAAGAACUUGAAAAUGUGAUUGAUUCUAUUUUGGGAAAUAAUUCCGAUUUAAUAGAAUCAAUUAAUGUAGAAUAUUUAAAUAAUGUUAAUAAAAAUAUUGCAUCGGUAAGUGCACAAAUCGACUCAUUGACAUAUAAAUCUUGGCAGACGAAAUUCACUGGAUUGACCACAAAACUUUCAAAUAUACAGAACGUAGCCGAUCGCCUUAAAAUUGUUAAAGAUAUUGAAAAAUCUUCAGUUCACAUGAUUGAACUGCAAAAAAAUCUAAUGGAUAUUUUCGUUUUAUUUGAUGACAUGCUUGAAACUACAACUCCACAUCUAAACAUAGAUGUUGAGAAAGUGAAAACAUUAUGCUUAAAACAAUAUGAUUUCAUAGAAAACUCGGUGGCUAAUAUCAAAACGCUUAACACGUACGAAAAUAUGCUUGAUCUGUGUAGAUCAAUAAAAAUAGUAGUGGACAAAGUCUGUGAGAUAACUACAUCACAAGUGGAAGAACUCUCAUUUGAAGAAAAAUCCGAAGAAAAGGAAGAAAUCAGACCGGAGAAUGUAGAAGAAAAUAAACAGAAAGCUGAAGCCAAGAAGACUAAAGUAAAAGAAAUAAAGGCAGUCCAAGAGGAGGCAGAAAUAUAUGAGGUUAAGGCUGAGAUGUUAGAAGAACAGAAAUUAGGAACUGAAACCCAGAUGGCUGAAGAAAAAGAUGUCAAGUCAGCCCAAGAGAAGGCUGAAUUAUCUGAAGUUAAGGCCGAGACUUUAGAAGAAAAGAAACAGAAAACCGGAGAUAAGAAAGCUGAAGAAAAGGAUAUAAAGGCAUCCGAGGAAAAGGCUGAAAUAUCUAAAGUUGAUGAAGAAAUCUUAGAAGAAAUGAAACUGGAAGCUGAAGCCCAAAAGGCCGAGGAAAAAGUUGUAAACACUGCCCAAGAGAAGGCUGCAUUAUCUGAAGUUAAGGCUGAAAAGCUAGAAGAAAAGGAAAUGGAAACUGAAGCCAAGAAGGCUGAAGAAAAAGAUAUAACGGCAGCCCAAGAGAAAGCAGAAAUAUCAGAGGUUAAGGCCGAGAAGUUAGAAGAAAAGAAAAUGGAAACUGAAGCCAAACAGGCUGACAAAAAAGAUAUGAAAGCUCCCCAAGAAAAGGCUGAACUAUCUGAAGUUAAGGCAGAGAAGUUAGAAGAAAAGAAAAUGGAAACUGAGACCAAGACGGCUAAAGAAAAAGAUAUUAAAGCUCCCCAAGAAAAGGCUGAACUAUCUGAGGUUAAGGCAGAGAAGUUAGAAGAAAAGAAAAUGGAAACUGAAGCCAAGAAAGCUGAAGAAAAGGAUAUAAAAGCUUCACAAGAAAAGGUUGAACUAUCUGAGGUUAAGGCUGAGAUGUUAGAAGAAAAGAAAAUGGAAACUGAAGCCAAGAAGGCAGAAAAAAAGGAUAUGAAAGCUCCCCAAGAAAAGGCUGAAAUAUCUGAGGUUAAGGCCGAGAAGUUAGAAGAAAAGAAAAUGGAAACUGAAGCCAAGAAGGCUGAACAAAAAGAUAUGAAAGCUCCCCAAGAAAAGGCUAAAAUAUCAGAAGUUAAGGCAGAGAAGUUAGAAGAAAAGAAAAUGGAAACUGAAGCCAAGAAGGCAGAAGCAAAAGAUAUAAAAGCCCCCCAAGAAAAGGCUGAACGAUCUGAGGUUAAGGCAGAGAAAUUAGAAGAAAAGAAAAUGGAAAUUGAUGCCAAGAAAGCUGAAGAAAAAGACACGAAAGCUUCCCAAGAAAAGGCUGAACUAUCUGAGGUUAAGGCCGAGAAGUUAGAAGAAAAGAAAAUGGAAACUGAAGCAAAGAAGGCUGAAGAGAAAGAUAUUAAAGCUCCGCAAGAAAAGGCUGAACUAUCUGAGGUUAAGGCCGAGAAGUUAGAAGAAAAGAGAAUGGAAACUGAAGCAAAGAAAGCUGAAGAAAAAGAUAUGAAAGCUCCCCAAGAAAAGGCUGAACUAUCUGAAGUUAAGGCAGAGAAGUUAGAAGAAAAGAAAAUGGAAACUGAGACCAAGACGGCUAAAGAAAAAGAUAUUAAAGCUCCCCAAGAAAAGGCUGAACUAUCUGAGGUUAAGGCAGAGAAGUUAGAAGAAAAGAAAAUGGAAACUGAAGCCAAGAAAGCUGAAGAAAAGGAUAUAAAAGCUUCACAAGAAAAGGUUGAACUAUCUGAGGUUAAGGCUGAGAUGUUAGAAGAAAAGAAAAUGGAAACUGAAGCCAAGAAGGCAGAAAAAAAGGAUAUGAAAGCUCCCCAAGAAAAGGCUGAAAUAUCUGAGGUUAAGGCCGAGAAGUUAGAAGAAAAGAAAAUGGAAACUGAAGCCAAGAAGGCUGAACAAAAAGAUAUGAAAGCUCCCCAAGAAAAGGCUAAAAUAUCAGAAGUUAAGGCAGAGAAGUUAGAAGAAAAGAAAAUGGAAACUGAAGCCAAGAAGGCAGAAGCAAAAGAUAUAAAAGCCCCCCAAGAAAAGGCUGAACGAUCUGAGGUUAAGGCAGAGAAAUUAGAAGAAAAGAAAAUGGAAAUUGAUGCCAAGAAAGCUGAAGAAAAAGACACGAAAGCUUCCCAAGAAAAGGCUGAACUAUCUGAGGUUAAGGCCGAGAAGUUAGAAGAAAAGAAAAUGGAAACUGAAGCAAAGAAGGCUGAAGAGAAAGAUAUUAAAGCUCCGCAAGAAAAGGCUGAACUAUCUGAGGUUAAGGCCGAGAAGUUAGAAGAAAAGAGAAUGGAAACUGAAGCAAAGAAGGCUGAAGAGAAAGAUAUAAAAGCUCCCCAAGAAAAAGCUGAACUAUCUGAGGUUAAGGCCGAGAAGUUAGAAGAAAAGAAAAUGGAAACUGAAGCAAAGAAAGCUGAAGAAAAAGAUAUAAAAGCUCCUCAGGAAAUGGUUGAACUAUCUGAGGUUAAGGCCGAGAAGUUAGAAGAAAAGAAAAUGGAAGCUGAAGCCAAGAAGGGUGAAGAGAAAGAUAUAAAAGCUCCCCAAGAAAAGGCUGAAAUAUCUGAAGUUAAGGCCGAGAAGUUAGAAGAAAAGAAAAUGGAAACUGAAGCAAAGAAGGCUGAAGAGAAAGAUAUAAAAGCUCCCCAAGAAAAGGCUGAACUAUCUGAGGUUAAGGCCGAGAAGUUAGAAGAAAAGAAAAUGGAAGCUGAAGCCAAGAAGGGUGAAGAGAAAGAUAUAAAAGCUCCCCAAGAAAAGGCUGAACUAUCUGAGGUUAAGGCCGAGAAGUUAGAAGAAAAGAAAACGGAAACUGAAGCAAAGAAGGCUGAAGAGAAAGAUAUAAAAGCUCCCCAAGAAAAGGCUGAACUAUCUGAGGUUAAGGCCGAGAAGUUAGAAGAAAAGAAAAUGGAAACUGAAGCAAAGAUAGCUGAAGAAAAAGAUAUAAAAGCUCCCCAAGAAAAAGCUGAACUAUCUGAUGUUAAGGCCGAGAAGUUAGAAGAAAAGAAAAUGGAAACUGAAGCAAAGAAGGCUGAAGAGAAAGAUAUAAAAGCUCCCCAAGAAAAGGCUGAACUAUCUGAGGUUAAGGCCGAGAAGUUAGAAGAAAAGAAAAUGGAAGCUGAAGCCAAAAAGGGUGAAGAGAAAGAUAUAAAAGCUCCCCAAGAAAAGGCUGAACUAUCUGAGGUUAAGGCCGAGAAGUUAGAAGAAAAGAAAAUGGAAACUGAAGCAAAGAAGGCUGAAGAGAAAGAUAUAAAAGCUCCCCAAGAAAAGGCUGAACUAUCUGAGGUUAAGGCCGAGAAGUUAGAAGAAAAGAAAAUGGAAACUGAAGCAAAGAAGGCUGAAGAAAAAGAUAUAAAAGCUCCCCAAGAAAAAGCUGAACUAUCUGAGGUUAAGGCCGAGAAGUUAGAAGAAAAGAAAAUGGAAACUGAAGCAAAGAAGGCUGAAGAGAAAGAUAUAAAAGCUCCCCAAGAAAAGGCUGAACUAUCUGAGGUUAAGGCCGAGAAGUUAGAAGAAAAGAAAAUGGAAGCUGAAGCCAAGAAGGGUGAAGAGAAAGAUAUUAAAGCUCCCCAAGAAAAGGAUGAACUAUCUGAGGUUAAGGCCGAGAAGUUAGAAGAAAAGAAAAUGGAAACUGAAGCAAAGAAGGCUGAAGAGAAAGAUAUAAAAGCUCCCCAAGAAAAGGCUGAACUAUCUGAGGUUAAGGCUGAGAAGUUAGAAGAAAAGAAAAUGGAAACUGAAGCAAAGAAGGCUGAAGAAAAAGAUAUAAAAGCUCCCCAAGAAAAGGCUGAACUAUCUGAGGUUAAGGCCGAGAAGUUAGAAGAAAAGAAAAUGGAAGCUGAAGCCAAGAAGGGUGAAGAGAAAGAUAUAAAAGCUCCCCAAGAAAAGGCUGAACUAUCUGAGGUUAAGGCCGAGAAGUUAGAAGAAAUGAAAAUGGAAACUGAAGCCAAGAAGGCUGAAGAAAAAGGUAUGAAAGUUCCCCAAGAAAAGGCUGAACUAUCUGAGGUUAAGGCCGAGAAGUUAGAAGAAAAGAAAAUGGAAACUGAAGCAAAGAAAGCUGAAGAAAAAGAUAUAAAAGCUCCCCAAGAAAUGGCUGAACUAUCUGAGGUUAAGGCAGAGAAGUUAGAAAAAAAGCAAAUGGAAACUGAAGCCAAGAAGGCUGAAGAAAAAGAUAUGAGAGCUCCCCAAGAAAAGGCUGAACUAUCUGAGGUUAAGGCCGAGAAGUUAGAAGAAAAGAAAAUGGAAACUGAAACAAAGAAGGCUGAAGAGAAAGAUAUAAAAGCUCCCCAAGAAAAGGCUGAACUAUCUGAGGUUAAGGCAGAGAAGUUAGAAGAAAUGAAAAUGGAAACUGAAGCCAAGAAGGCUGAAGAAAAAGAUAUGAAAGCUCCCCAAGAAAAAGCUGAACUAUCUGAGGUUAAGGCAGAGAAGUUAGAAGAAAAGAAAAUGGAAGCUGAAGCCAAGAAGGGUGAAGAAAGAGAUAUGAAAGCUCCCCAAGAAAAGGCUGAACUGUCAGAGGUUAAGGCCGAGAAGUUAGAAGAAAAGAGAAUGGAAGCUGAAGCCAAGAAAGCUGAUGAAAAAGAUAUAAAAGCUCCCCAAGAAAAGGCUGAACUAUCUGAGGUUAAGGCCGAGAAGUUAGAAGAAAUGAAAAUGGAAACUGAAGCCAAAAUGGCCGAAGAAAAAGAUAUGAACGCUCCCCAAGAAAAGGCUGAAUUAUCUGAGGUUAAGGCCGAGAAGUUAGAAGAAAAGAAAAUGGUAACUGAAGCAAAGAAGGCUGAAGAUAAAGUUAUAAAAGCUCCCCAAGAAAAGGCUGAACUAUCCGAGGUUAAGGCCGAGAAGUUAGAAGAAAAGAAAGUGGAAACUGAAGCAAAGAAGGUUGAAGAGAAAGAUAUAAAAGCUCUCCAAGAAAAGGCUGAACUAUCUGAGGUUAAGGCCGAGAAGUUAGAAGAAAAGAAAAUGGAAACUGAAGCAAAGAAGGCUGAAGAGAAAGAUAUAAAAGCUCCCCAAGAAAAGGCUGAACUAUCUGAGGUUAAGGAGGAGGAGUUAGAGGAAAAGGAAAUGAAAACUGAAGCCAAGAAGGCUGAAGAAAAAGAUAUAAAAGCUCCCCAAGAAAAGGCUGAACUAUCUGAGGUUAAGGCCGAGAAGUUAGAAGAAAAGAAAAUGAAAACUGAGGACAAGAAAGCUGAAGAAAAAGAUAUAAAAGCUUCCCAAGAAAAGGCUGAAUUAUCUGAGGUUAAGGCCGAGAAGUUAGAAGAAAAGAAAAUGGUAACUGAAGCCAAGAAGUGUGAAGAAAGAGAUAUGAAAGCUCCCCAAGAAAAGGCUGAACUGUCUGAGGUUAAGGCCGAGAAGUUAGAAGAAAAGCAAAUGGAAACUGAGGCAAAGAAGGCUGAAGAAAAAGAUAUAAAAGCUCCCCAAGAAAAGGCUGAACUAUCUGAGGUUAAGGCCGAGAAGUUAGAAGAAAAGAAAAUGGUAACUGAAGCAAAGAAGGCUGAAGAUAAAGUUAUAAAAGCUCCCCAAGAAAAGGCUGAACUAUCCGAGGUUAAGGCCGAGAAGUUAGAAGAAAAGAAAGUGGAAACUGAAGCAAAGAAGGUUGAAGAGAAAGAUAUAAAAGCUCUCCAAGAAAAGGCUGAACUAUCUGAGGUUAAGGCAGAGAAGUUUGAAGAAAAGAAAAUGGAAACUGAAUCAAAGAAGGCUGAAGAAAAAGAUAUAAAAGCUCCCCAAGAAAAGGCUGAACUAUCUGAGGUUAAGGCCGAGAAGUUAGAAGAAAAGAAAAUGGAAACUGAAGCAAAGAAGGCCGAUGAAAAAGAUAUGAAAGCUCCCCAAGAAAAGGCUGAAAUAUCUGAGGUUAAGGCCGAGAAGCUAGAAGAAAAGAAAAUGGAAUCUGAAGCAAAGAAGGCUGAUGAAAAAGAUAUGAAAGCUCCCCAAGAAAAGGCUGAAAUAUCUGAGGUUAAGGCCGAGAAGUUAGAAGAAAAGAAAAUGGAAACUGAGGCCAAGAAAGCUGAAGAAAAAGAUGUAAAAUCUCCUCAAGAGAAAGCUGAAAUAUCUGAAGUUAAGACUAAGAAAUUAGAAGAAAAGAAAGUGAAAACUGAAGCCAAGAAUGCUGAAGAAAAAGAUGUAAAGGCAGCCCAAGAGAAAUCUGAAUUAGAAGAAAAUAAAUUAGAAAAAGAAGCUAAAAAAGCAGAAGAAAAAGAUAUAAAGGCCGACCAAAAGAAGGCGGAAACAUCUGAGCUUAAGGCAGAAAAAUUAGAAGAAAAGAAAAUAGAAACUGAACCCACGAAAGCUAAAGAUAAUGAUAUAAAGGCUCGUCAAGAGAAGGCUGAAGUAUCUGAAGUUAAGGCUGAGAAGUUAGAAGAGAAGAAAAUGCAAACUGGAGCUAAAAAAGCAGAAGAAAUUGAUAUAAAGGCAGCCCAAGAGAAAGCUGAAAUAUCUGAGGUUAAGGCUGAAAAAUUAGAAAAAAAUAAAGUAGAUGCUACAGCCAAAAAAGCUAAGGAAAAACGUGUAAAAGCUCCCCAAGAUAAGCCUGAAAUAUCCGAGGUUAAGGCUGAGAAGUUAGACGAAAAGAAAAUGGAAACUAAAGCCAAGAACGCUGAAGAAAAAGAUAUAAAUGUAGUUCAGGAAAUAGCUGAGAUAUCUGAGGUUAAUUUUGAAAAGUUAGAAGAAAAGAAACUAGAUGCUGAAGCCAAAAAAGCUGAGGAAAAAUAUGUAAAAGCUCCGCAAGAGAAGGUUGACAUUUCUGAGGUUAAGACUGAAAAGUUAGAAGAAAUAAAAAUGGAAGUUGAAGCCAAGAAAGCCGAAAAAAAGGUAGCCCAAGAGAAGGCUGAAAUAUCUGAAGCUGAAGAAAAAAAUGUAAAGGUUGCCAAAAAGAAGGCUAAAGCCUUGAAAGCGGAAAGUAUAGACGAAAAGGCUGCAGAAAGAGAUAGUAAACUUGUCAAAGAUAGCAUUGAAACUUCGGACGUUAAGGUGAAGGAGUUAGAAAACAUUGAAUUAGAUGCUAAAUCGAAUAAUGGUAAGAAGACUGAAGAUAAGCCUGAUGCAGAACUUCGAAUUUCAGAAAUUUCUGAUUCACAAGGACUGAAACCAAAAAAAUCAAAUGAAUAUAUGGACCUUAAAGAAAAACGAAAUGCCAAGCGAAUGCCUAGUGUAGAUAUAAAACUUACCAAUCGCAAUUCAUCAGUAGGAAGUGAUAUUAAAUUGACAUGCGUCAUAUCAGGCAAUGAUUUAGAAGUACGCUGGUUUAAGGAAAGCAAUGCUAUUGAAAACACCUCCAAAUACAAAAUCACACAAAAGGAUGGUUUAUCUUGUUUAGAAAUAAAAUCAGCCGAUUUGCAUGAUGCAGCUGUAUACAGAUGUGUUGCCGCUAAUAGAAACGGUGAAGUAGAGACUAGUUGCCUCGUGACACUGUAUGAUGUACCCACGAAUAAAUUUGGCACACCACCAAUAUUCACCCGUAAUAUCAGAGAAUACUAUCACUUACGUGACGAUGAAUUGACUGUUGAGGUUCACGUUCAUGGUGUUCCCAGACCGAUAAUAUCAUGGUGGAGAGGUGCAUUUGAAAUAAAGCCAAAUGUUAAAUUUACCAAGCUAGAGGAAGCGCAUGGUGUGUAUAAGCUCUUGAUCUAUAAACCCAACAGUAGAGAUAGUGGAACAUAUACGUGUAAGGCCAUCAACUCCAGUGGAGAAGCGUUUGUCAAUCACGUAGUUGAGGUAGCAAAGAAUCUUCACUAUCACGUUCAUGGAAUAUUCCAUGCUAGAGAUCGUAUGCAAAUGGAUAAAGAACAAACAGCGAAGAAAGCUAUGGAAGAAGCUUUAAAAUCUAAAGGAGAAUCAGAUAAAAAAAGAGCUCAAGUAGAAGUAAGAUCUAGAGGUCCAAGAGCUUCCCCAGAAACCUUAGUUUCAGAUAGACAAAAAUUGAAAUUUGCCACACAAUUACGUGAUCGCAUGGCUUUGGAAGGUACAACAGUAAAACUGGUAGUUACCAUUAUUGGUCCUGAUCCAGCAUGUAGAUGGAUGAAGGAUGAUAACCGGGUCACAUAUGGUGAAAAAAUAAAGAACCAUACAGAGGGUGAUAAGGCAAUAAUUGAAUUAAUAAAUGUUACUGCGGAACAUUCUGGUGUCUAUAAAUGUAUAGCUAAAAAUGAAUUCAGUGAAAUAGAAACAUCUUGCUAUUUCAAGGUAUAUUCUGCGCAAACCGAAGGCGAUGAGCAUGAACCCAUUUUCGCACUACCGCUAAGAGAUGUUUAUCACUCUUCUCAAAACGAUUUGAUUCUCGACACUAAGAUACGUGGCAAUCCACGACCAGUAGUUACGUGGAUAAAAGACCAAAUACCCGUCGUACUUGAUGAUCGCAUUGUGCAAAUUGAACAUUUAGAUGGUAUUUGCGAGCUGAUCAUCAACAAGCCCACACCGAAUGAUAGUGGAAAUUAUACUUGUGUUGCACAAAACAAACUAGGCACCCAACAAACAUCGCAUUCUGUUGUUGUUGAUGUCCAACAGGCCUCCAGACGCUCUAGUAAUUUAUCUGGCGGUAUGACUGAUUCGGAAACGGGCACUAAGAAGGGAGGUAAGCCACCCAAAACUAAGAAGAAGGAUGAUGAAGGCGAUUUAUCCUAUGAAAGGCGAUCCCGGAUGCCUGAUCCUUCUCCCAAGCAACAAUUAUAUUUCACUACAUAUUUAUCGAAUCGAUAUGUAUUGGCUGGUUCCAAAGUAAAGUUGCAGUCGGUAGUGAAUGGUCCAAGUCCCACUAUGAAGUGGACAAAGGAUGAACAAAAUGUUCAGUAUGGUCCUCGUAUACGAAAUAUGAAUCGUGAAGGUCUUGCAUGUUUGGAAUUCUUGAAUUGUCAGCCCGAGGAUUCUGGAAUUUACACUCUAUUAGCUCAAAAUGAAUUUAGCAAAAUAACUUCAUCUUGUCAACUGCAUGUUUAUACGGCAAAUGUUUCUACCGAUGUCGAACCUGUUUUCGUGCGUCCCAUUAAAGACACUUACCAUUUGAUUUCGAAUGAAUUGAUUUUGGAGACAGGUAUUCGUGGUGUGCCCACUCCGCAAAUCCAGUGGUUCAAGGAUAGUAUGGAAAUAGAAAACGGUGGUAGAUUCCAUAUUUUCCAACACGCAGAUGGUAACUGUGAAUUGGUAAUAGAUUCUCCCAACGAUAAGGAUAGCGGAAAAUAUAUGGCUAGAGCAGAGUCUUCUGCUGGAAAAGCAGAAAUAGGUCAUCAUGUAUUGUUUAGGGGAAAAGAACAUCAUAUAGCUGAUAAUAUACACGGUGUUUUCCAUGCAGAUAAGAACUUAUUGAGACCAAAGCAAGCAGAGGCUGAGAAAACGAAGGAAGCUGCUGGCAAGUCUGAGGCAAGCGAAUCGGAGGGUGAUGAGGGCAGCAAGGGAAAGAAACGCGUACGCAAGCCAAAGAAGGAUGAUGAGGAAGGUGAAGCCUCAUCAGCUUAUGCUACUGACACUGGCUCUGAAACUAGUAGUCUUAAAAAACGUGAAAAGGUUAUAGGCAUCCACUUUGCCACUGCUGUCAGGGAUCGUGUGGUAGCCGAAGGAUCCAAGGUGAAAAUAUCUUGCUUCUUGGAGGCCAAAGAACCUCAAGUAAAAUGGUUUAAAAAUGACGAACAAAUUCAAAACAGCCAAAAGAUCAGAGGUCGUCACGUGGAGGGCCUCUGCACUUUGGAAAUACCAUCGGCUGCCCUAGAUGAUUCUGGCGAAUAUAAAUGCUGGGCCAGGGAUGAAACAGGCGAGGCUUCAACAUUUUGUAGACUUGAGGUUUACUCUAAUCCUGGUACUGGAGAUGUUCCACCAACCUUUACACGCAACAUCAAGGACACCUAUCAUGGAAAAAUUAAUGAGGUCCAGUUAGAUUGUCAUGUGCGUGGCUUGCCAACGCCCACCAUAACCUGGGCUAAGGAUGGCGUUAAAAUAGAACCCAGCGAAAAGUAUCAACAGGUUGAACAUGAAGAUGGCACCUUAGAACUAUUUAUUAUGGAUCCAACACCACAAGACAGUGGAAAAUACGUUUGCCAAGCUGAGAAUCGUGAAGGCACGGCCGAAAUUGUUCACAUGGUCACUGUACAACCAAGACGUAGACGACCAGUCUCGCCAGCCAGAGAGAGGCCGCCCGCAUUACCACCAACGCAGGAAACCGAAGAAGAGAAGGAAAAGAAACGCAAGAAGAAACAGGAAGAUGACGAAGAAAGUGGCAGAAGACGUGAAGUACCACCACCUCCGGAUCUAAGAAAACGUGUUUACUUUAGGAACUACUUAUCGAAUCGCACUGUUAAGGAGGGAAGCAAUGUUAAAUGGAUGGUUAGUAUUGAUGGUCCUGAUCCGACCGCCCGUUGGUACCAUGGUGAAAAUCUCAUUGCAUUUGGACCUAAGAGUAAAUUGUCGAUGCAAGAUGGCAUUGCCUGGUUGAAUUUGAUUGGUGUUACCGAGGAGCAAAGUGGUGUAUAUACGCUUAAGGUAAAGGGUUCCGAAAAUGAGAUAGUUUCCACUUGCACUCUAUUGGUAUAUAGCACAGGCAAAGAAGAAUUAGUAGCCCCAACAUUUACCGUCGGCAUUAAAGACACCUAUUCUAUUAAUGAGAAUGAGUUGGUUUUGGAUUGCCGUGUACGUGGUAAGCCACGUCCCGAGAUACAGUGGCUGAAGGGAACGGAUAUGUUAAUGCCAGGCGACAGAUAUGUGCAAAUUGAUCAAGCAGAUGGUUACUCCAAACUAAUUAUACCUAAACCCACCGAAAAGGAUUCAGGCCUAUAUGCCUGUGUUGCCCGUAAUGAGGUGGCUGAAAGUAAGAUUACUCAUCAAGUCGAUUUCAAGGGACGUGAACGUUUUGCCUUGGAGAAGACUAUGGGCUAUUUCCAUCGUGAUCCCAAUAAGCCCCAUUUCGUUACACCAUUGGGUAAUCAAACAGUUUGCAAUGGCGGUACAAUUGCUAUUUCGGCUGAGUUUAUGCAAACUCAUACACCCAUUGAUGUUCAAUGGUUCCGUGAUCGUCAAUCCUUGGCCGGUCAACCAAACGUUUCGACGUUCUACGAACAUGGCGUUUAUACUUUGGCCAUAAUGAAUGCUCAGGCAGAAAAUGAAGGUACCUAUACCUGCCGAGCUCAAAAUGCUUUUGGUCGCAUCGAAUCGCAUGCAAAUGUUGAUGUGGCUGUAGGUGUUUCGAAAGAUGAGCGUCCACCAUUGUUCCUUUCGAGACCCGAAACGGAAAUGAAGAUUGCUGUCGGUGAUCCUUUCUCGAUCUCCUUCAGAAUUGCUGGUGAUCCAAAACCAAGAUUGACUUUCUUGAAGGGCACCAAAGAUAUUACUAAAUCCGAUCGUGUUAGCAAAGAGGUCUCAGACGAUUACACCAGAUUUACUGUACAAAAAGCACAAAUUUCGGAUUCUGGCACUUACUUUGUAGUUGCACGCAAUAAUAAUGGCACCGACCGAAUAUUCGUUACAGUUGAGGUAAUGCCAAGAGCACGUUCUGAAACUCCAUCGGCUCCGCGUUGGGGUCUAGCACUAGAGAGUUAUGCCGAUGUUUCAUAUUUCAAAGAUCCACCGGCUGCCGUGUCCACGGAACCUCUGCUAAUCGAUUCGGGUCCAACACACAUUAGUUUGUCGUGGGGCAAACCGCCCACCAACAAUUCUGCUCCAGUUAUUGCCUACCGUGUAGACGCGUGGAUAGUGGGUCAUGAGGGUGGUGCCAUGUGGAAAGAACUCGGUCUUACGCCCAUUAAUUCCUUUGAUGCUUUCAAUCUUAAAUCGAAUGUAGAAUAUCAUUUUCGUGUAACGCCCAAAAAUCGUUAUGGCUGGGGUCCUUCGGUGCAAACUUCGGCACCUUUGCAAGUGGGUGGCGUGGAAUGUCUGCCAGAGUUUACAGUGAUUUUGCCGGGCCAGGUCAAGGCAUUACUUAACAAGGAAUUCGUUUUGGAAGCGGUGGUACGCGGCACUCCCCGACCUGAUAUUGUCUGGUACAAAGAUGGUCUACGCAUAAGUAGUAAUUUGGAAAGUGAACGUAUUAAGACCCGUAAAAUUGGUUCCACCUGUACUCUGACCAUUAAACAAGUUACUGAAGCCGAUGCUGGUCGUUAUACCUGUGAAGCUACAAACUCUAAGGGUAGAGUUUCAACAUUUGCUCGCCUUCAAGUUGUUUCCGAUCCCAAACUGUAUGAGGCCGAUAACCGUCUUAAAGAAAUUGUACGCCAGGACAAUAUCGCUACCAUAGGCGAUGCUUUACCUAUUUUCACAAUGCGCCUAAGAGAUAGACGUGCUCAGGUGACCUAUCCCGUACGUUUGACCUGUCAAGUGGUGGCUCAUCCACAUCCCGAAAUUACUUGGUACAAAGAUGAUGAACUUCUACAAUCCAGUAGACGUUGUCUCAUUACCGAAGAGAAUCAAUUCUAUACUUUGGAGCUGGCUAGUGCCCAACUCAAUGAUAGUGGUGUCUACACCUGUACUGCUAAAAACGAACUGGGUUCAGUUUCAUGCCACUGCUCCUUGGUCGUAGACAAGGGUAUAAGGGCCUACAUAUCGCCCGAAUUCUAUAUGCCUCUCGAUCCUCUCUACAUUGUACAAGAGACUCAAGAAUUACGUUUAACUGCCAAAGUUGAAGCAUAUCCAGCAGUCGGUGUGUCAUGGCAUCGUAAUGGUGUAAAAUUGCGUCCAAGCCGUCGAUUGGCUGCCUCAUUGGAUGCAAAUGGUUUUGUUGAAUUGAUUAUAUCCGAAACGAGUGUACGCGAUGCUGGCAUUUAUACAUGUGUGGCUUCAAAUGCUGUGGGCAAACAGGAAAGUAUGUGUCGUGUUUGUAUAGAACCUUUAGAGGAGGACAAUGUCGAUAUGCAAACAACAACAAGGAGUGUUCCCGCCAUAUGGACAAAUGAUAUGCCCUAUUCCAAAGAACCUUUGUUUGUUGUUAAGCCGCGUUCAAGUGAAGCCUAUGAAGGAGAUACUGUCAUUAUAUUCUGUGAAGUUGUGGGUGAUCCCAAACCAGAUGUUGUAUGGCUCAGAGAUUUCUUGAAUCCUGAAUAUUACAGAGACGCUCCUCACUUCCGCCGCAUAGGUGAGGGUACAGAAUACCGUUUGGAAAUACCAUAUGCCAAAUUAGAUUUCACUGGAACUUAUUCUGUUAUCGCCUCAAAUUGUCAUGGCGAAGCUAAGGCAGUGAUAUCAUUACAAAUUUUUGCCAAAGAUAUUCUUAAACAAAAUUCAAUGGAGAAAGGCUCAAUACGACAUGGAAAUGUCGAAACAUUACCGCGCUUUAUACGUCAUUUACGCAACUUACGUUGCUGUGACGGCGAUGCCAUAACUUUAGAGGCACACGUUGAAGGUUUGCCGGAACCAGUUAUCAUUUGGGAAAAAGAUGGCCGUGUACUACCCAGCGGCAAAGACUUUGAGAUGACUUAUGAUGGCAUCAAAGCCACACUCAGCAUACCACGUGUAUAUCCCGAAGACGAAGGCGAAUACACUUGUAUUGCCAAAAAUAAUAUAGGACGCACUUUAUCGUCAGCCUGUAUAAUUGUAGAUGUACCCGAAGAAAAAGAAAAUAUGUUAAAUAGACAACUAACACGUCCCACCGGUUUCCUAUCGGCUACCUCAACACCCAUAUCGACUCCACGCUCCACACCAAGUAGAAGUUUCUCACCUACACGCCGUUUAUCUUAUCGUAAUUCCAUAAUUGAUAUUAGCGAACCACGAAGUGUUCGUGGUCGUAGUUUAGUCGAUGGACAUCAAGCUAUUUCAGCACCGAAAUUUUUAGCCAUUCCGAAUAGUCGUGUUGUAGAGGAAGGCGACAGUGUACGCUUCCAGUGUGCCAUUGCAGGUCAUCCUACGCCUUGGGCUACUUGGGAUAAGGAUGGUAUAAUUGUAACACCCACCACCCGUAUUGCGAUCAAAGAAGUUAAUGAUUUGCGUUAUUUGGAAAUUGAAGAAGUAACCUUCGAUGAUGCCGGUCUCUAUCGUAUAACGCUGGAAAACGAUUAUGGUCGGAUAGAAGCCACUGCACGCCUUGAUGUUAUUGGAAGUUCACGCUACUCUAAAUCUCCUUCGGCCAGAAGUGUUCGUGCCUCUUCCUCGAAACGUAAUGCCUAUCUGCACAGACGUAUAAUGGGUCCAUCCACGGCCAUUGGUGGUCGCAUGGCUUUAGCUUCGGGCUUUAGGGGUUCUUCAGUACCUUCGUGUAAAUUCUAUCAUAAUGGUUUGGAAUUGCUAGACAAUGACCGAGUACAUAUCGAUUUAUUACAAGAAGAGGCAUUUUUAUUCGUAGAAUAUGUUACCAAAGAUGAUGAGGGUAUUUAUACCUGUGUAGUCGAGGGUCACGAACAUGAACCUAUAGUCACUUCGACUGUGGUAACGUUUUUAACUACAGAGCAAAUUCAACAUCCGCCCAAGACUAUAUGCGAAAUUCUACAAUCCCUGCCAAAUGAAAUAGAACACUGGGAAGGUGAAACUAUUGAUUUAUGUUUUGAAUUGAAUACCAAUAUGCCAUAUACUUAUAUGUGGAGCCGUAAUGGCGAACUCAUAAAGGAAUCGGAUGAUUUUAAUUACAUUGAUCAUGGCAAUGGUUUUCUCUGUUUACGUAUUCACGAUGCAUUCGAUUUGGAUUCUGGUUGUUACACCUGCACUGUAACCACAGUUGAUGGUUUUCAAUGCUCCACUUUUACUAAUUUAAAUAUUGGGCGUAAUUCCGAAAUCAGUGACGAUAGUGGUUUAGCGGUAAUGAAAUCUCUUUUGCCUGUUGUAGCCGACUGUGGUGUUAAGGCAACAUUUUGUGCCCGUAUUUUUCCCGCAGAUGCUCAAACGUUUUGGUAUGUGUGCGGUCGUACAGUUACUGAAAAUGAUGAUUCAUGUGAAUUUACGUUGGAGUCAUCGAGUACAGAUGGCAUACGCAUUUUGCAUAUAAACGAUGUUACCUUGGCCCACAGUGGUGAAGUUCAAUUGGUUGUAACACAUCCAGGAAAACCCCACUCAUCACUUAAAUCCUAUACAUCACUGGCCGUAAUACCACGGUCAACAACAGCAGCUAAAUUAAUUGAGCCCACAAAAAUUCCCACAGACUUAACAAUUGACUUGUGCAAAAACCAUAAAAAUAAGGAGCGUCCCCAGCAACCGGCCUAUAUAUUGGAAGGUCCUAGGGAUUGUACCGCUUUAAUUGGUGGCUGUGUUCGUUUGUCGAUCAUAUUUGAAGGAUUACCUAAACCACAAGUUAGGUGGUUUAAGGCGAGCCGUCCAAUUGUUGAAACUUCGAAUAUUAUAAUAAAUACAUCAACACGCAAAUCCGUCCUACAGAUCUCAGAUAUAGUAACCGAUGACAGUGGUAAAUAUACUGUGGAAAUAAUGAAUGAAUUUGGUACAGAUGUAGCCGUAGCUUCAGUGGCCGUAGAAGGGCCACCGGAACCGCCAAGUGGUAAACCAAGUAUUUCUCAAGGACCCGAUCGUGUUUCUAUAGCUUGGUGUGGUCCACCCUACGAUGGUGGUUGUAUGAUAACCGGAUUUAUCAUUGAAAUGCAAGAAUUAUUGUCAGCCGACAGCAAUGAAAAUGUAGCAGCUUGGCUAGAAAUUGCAUCCGUUGUCGAUUCUUUGGCCUAUACCGUUAAGGAUCUUAAACCAUUGUGUACUUAUAGAUUUCGUGUUCGUGCUGAAAAUGUACAUGGUCGUAGUGAGCCGAGUUUGCCAAGCGAUCGUGUUCAUGUCACCGAAGAAAUUGAAGACUUAAACGAAGAUUUCCAUAAAUCGAUUUCUAUAAAAGCCGGCGGCGACUUUAAAAGUCGUUUUGAAGUUUUAGAGGAAUUGGGCAAAGGUCGUUUUGGCGUAGUCUACAAGGUGCAAGAGAAAGAAGAACCCAAACGCAUAUGUGCAGCUAAAAUAAUAAAAUGUAUUAAAUCGCGUGAUCGUGUCAAAGUUCAAGAAGAAAUUUCAAUAAUGAAAUCAUUAAAACAUCCCAAACUGUUGCAAUUGGCAGCUUCGUUUGAAAGUUCUCGUGAAAUAGUAAUGGUUAUGGAAUUCAUUACCGGUGGAGAACUAUUUGAACGCGUAGUGGCCGAUGAUUUCACUUUAACCGAACGUGAUUGUGUAUUAUUCGUACGCCAAGUGUGUGAAGGUGUGGCCUACAUGCACAGCCAGUCAAUAGUACAUUUGGAUCUUAAACCCGAAAAUAUUAUGUGCAAGACUCGCACCUGCCAUCAAAUCAAAAUUAUUGAUUUUGGUCUGGCUCAACGCCUGAAUACCGGUUCACCCGUGAGAGUUCUGUUUGGUACACCCGAAUUUAUACCACCGGAAAUUAUCAGCUAUGAGCCCAUAGGUUUUCAAUCAGAUAUGUGGAGUGUGGGUGUUAUAUGUUAUGUACUUUUAUCCGGCCUUUCACCUUUUAUGGGUGAUAGUGACGUCGAAACCUUUUCGAAUAUUACCCGAGCUGAAUUUGAUUUUGAUGAUGAUGCUUUUGAUUGUGUAUCACAACAGGCUAAAGACUUUAUUUCGAAUUUAUUAGUCCAUCGUAAAGAAGAUCGCUGGACAGCUGAACAAUGUUUAGAAUCGCCAUGGUUGAAACAAGGUCAUGAUGAUGAAAAUUUGAGCAAUAAGAAAAUAUGCACUGAUAAACUUAAGAAGUUUAUCAUACGACGCAAGUGGCAAAAAACUGGUAAUGCUAUAAGAGCUUUAGGUCGCAUGGCUACAUUAUCUGCUUCACGACGUAAUUCAGUUGCUUCCAAUGCCGGUUCCGUGCCAAAUAGUCCACGUCCAUCCGUAUCGGGUGUUACUAUUUUCAAUCCCAAUAUAUCUGUUCAAAUGGGUUCACUGCACGAAGAAGACGAUGAUUUUAGCAUAGAAUUGCCCAGUUCAGAGAUUAAACGAAAAAAUCCCACAGUCUUGAAUAAAUCUCAGUGCAGCGAACGCAGUGAUUCCGGUUAUAGCGAAUGUUCAAAUUGUAGUGCUUCCGGAUCGAUACAAUGUCAAUGUACGGCCAAUAAAGAUAGUGUGGAUCAUGCGGCCAAUGAUGAUUUGUCAUUGUCCGUGCCACAUGAUUUGCUUAAACUAAAGCUGGAAGAGAUUGCCCACCAGGCUGACAGUAAUAUAGAAGAAGUAAAAUUGGAAUUGGUAGUACCCAACGAGAAGAGUCCACAGCUCGAUGACAAUCAAAAUGAAUUGAAAACCUUGAACAUUGUUAAUACGGAAGAGAAAACGAUACAAGUGGUUGAAGAACUAGAUGUACUUAAUAAAGAUUUAAAUCCCUCCACAUCACCCAUUAUGCGUUCAGAUUUUACAAAUACCAUACAAAUGCGCAAAAAAUCGCUGGAGAAUAGUUUACAGAAGGAUAAACAACUGAAACCAGCAGUGACCAAAUCCAUAUACCUUGAACAGCCGGGCAAAGUAAGCAUGUUGAAAAAUAAGUUUUCAAGUAUGCAGAGUCAAGUGAGUAGUACUACUAGUAGCAUAACAACUUCGUCAUUUGCAAAAAGCAAGGAUUGCAUGGAUGUUUUAAAACUAAAACGCAAAGUUGUUACUGAAGCUUGCCCUAACCAAACAGCGAGCUCACUUACAUCGUCCUCAUCCAGCCUUCAUACCCAACACUCAACUUCGUUGCCCAACUCUCCCAUACCCAUACGCAAGACCAAUGCGUGUUCUACGUUCCGGUUAAGCGAUCGCGUGCGUGAAGUAACCGAUCGUUUGGCUCAACAACAAACUGUUUGUACCGAGGCUAGAAGAACGCAAAAAUCUCCAUCACCCAAUCGAAAACAAAUUCUAUCACCGUAAAUUAAUAAUUUUUUAUUAUAAAUAUAUAUAAAUAUAAAUAGUGUAUUUAAGAAAUUUGUUAUUAUUAAGUCCACAUCCAACAAAAGGAAAAUUGUUAAUCGUUAUAAUUUGUAGUUGUUUAAAAAAAUGAAUAUUAUUUUAUUAAACACAAACCAACAAAAAAUUGCUACCCAGAAUAAAAUUCUCGAAUAUAAGUUGUAAAACCAACCUUCUAAUACUA